AUGACGGAACGGUACAGCGUGAAUCCUUGCACAUGCGGCUCGGCCGGUCCUCUGCCACCACAACUCACUGCCGGUCGCCUUUAUUGCUCAGUCAACCGUGAUCCGCUGACCGACGAGGCGAACAAGAACAUGGAUCCGGAUAAAAAGCCGGCCGCCGAUUUGGAGUACGGUAGAAGACAAUCGGCGCUUGGGUACCGCGAUGACCGUCGCAGGAAGUACGGUUGUGCCGCUGGCCAUCGGACGGCCAACGGCGCUCUCUGUUGUUGUACGAUGCACAAUAAAGCUGCGUUGCACACAGAGACCGAGGUCGAGGCCGAGGCCGACACCGAAACCGAGACCGAGAAUGAUGGGGGUAAAGACGACGGGAGGGUCGGUAAGACGGUCGGAGCGGAUGGCGCACCUGACCGUGUUCGACUGAUUGGCUACGUUUGGUGUCUGGUCGUGCGGCACCACAUAACAGCGUCCAACCAGCGUCGUCUCAUCAACAGCUAUAUCGCAGCCUUCGUCACGAAGCCGACCACGUCGCGGCACUUCUGUACCAGACCAGGGCCGGCGCCCGCGCUCUUACCGUAUUCAAUUUACGGUUUUUGCCGCCGCAGACGCCCGGCGCUAAAUCGCCGUCGCCAGAGCCGAACCUCACCUCAAUUCGUCGAAAUUCAAUACGCACAGAAAUGCGACGUCAGUUUUUCAUUCGUUCGUCUGAAGGCCUUAAAUUUAAUGUACCACCGCGCGUUCAUCGCACCAGGCAACACCGUGCGACGCCGCACCGCCGCCCGGCAGCCCCUCGGACGUUGCCGUUUACGAUACGUGCCGUGCGAAAACAUAAUGGGCAAAAACGACCCACAGCAGCCUAGUUCUUUCGUCCGGUCGGUCGUUCCACCGCUCGUUCGCCGCCGCAGCGAUUCACAACGGAAGCAGACCUCGCGCCUUGUUGCCUCGUCUCUACCUUAUCACUGGUGA